AUGACAGCCAUGUCUACAAGCGCCUAUACGGCUCUGAUGUCAAGUAAACGCAAGCGUGAUGAAGCUAAUGGAUUUAUAAUGAACGGAAAUGGUCAUGCUCCAAUGGAAACUGAUACUAACGAAAACAAAAAGUCAAGAAUUGAAUAUGUUGAAACUGUUCCAUCAAAAGUUGUUCAUAUUCGUAACAUGCCAGACGAUGCUACAGAACAUGAAAUCGCUCUUCUCGGCAUCCCGUUCGGUUUGCUAGAAAACAUGGUGCUUUCUAAAAAAGCUAACCAGGCUCUGUUGGAAAUGCAAUGCCUAGAGAGUGCGAUCAUGAUGGUUUCGUACUAUCGCGAAUACCAAGUUACGCUAAGAGGACGCACUCUGGUCAUGCAGUAUUCUAAACACCAACAUCUCGAAUUACAUUCGGAAAACAGUAGCAUAGGCAAUGCAAUUCAGAACGCAAAUUGCAUCGUUCAACAGGAUCUCAGCGGCGCUAAUUCUGGGAUGCCUACUACAGUUCUGCGUGUUGUCGUUGAUAACAUAAUGGGACAGCAGAUCAACCAUACUAUUCUACACAAGAUAUUUUACCGAUAUGGAAAAAUACUAAGGAUUGUUACCUAUCUGAAAAACAACCAGUAUCAUGGACUAGUCGAGUUUGGUAAUCAUAUUCAUGCAUUUGUUGCAAUGCUACAUUUAAACGGCCAAAACAUAUACACUGGAUGCUGUUCCCUGCGUGUGCAAUUUUCGAAAAAUCGUGGUCCAUUGGAAGUUCGUCAAGAGAGUGAUAAAUGCAGAGAUUAUCUCAAUAAUCCACUAACUGAGGAGGAGUUAAUGUCUCUUCGAAGACCCACAGCUGGGAGUGAAAGACAUCAUAGCAACAAUCCUGGUCAUGUUUCUUCAAAUUUCCAAAAUUCCGUCGUACCGAAUAUGGCACACCAAGGUAUCCAUCUCCCGGUUGGGAUGAUUGCACCUCCAAAUACGAGCAAUAUGGGGAUUAACGAACUGACUGCUCAGUUAGCAGCACUAGCUCAGCAGUCAGGUUUGGCUCUUACUCCUGCAGCAGUAGCUGCCACUGCAAGUUUCAUGGCUCUUACAUCACAAAAUAGCGGUCCAGGUGCUCAGUCUAUGUCAGGAACUCCUAAUCUGUCCACUAUACUAGCAGCACUUCAGGGUGGUGCUGUUCAAACUGGGGUGCUCCCCCAUAUGUCUGGCGGUAACACAAGUGUUAUGGGAUCUGUGCAGACACCUGUCUCUUCUCACGUGACGCCUGUUGGAGUUCGUCCCCCUCCUAAUAAUAAUGGAAGCACGGUCCUGAUUGUAUCAAAUCUGAAUGAAGAUAGGGUUUAUCCGGAUGCUCUUUUUACACUUUUUGGUGUAUAUGGAGAUGUCACUCGCGUGAAAAUUAUGUUCAAUAAGAAAGACACAGCCCUGAUUCAAUUUACCGAUCCUCACCAGGCUCUUACAGCUUUACAGUUUCUCAAUGGCCAGCGCCUCUGGGACAAACCGAUGAAAAUUGCAGUGUCUCGACAUAAUAUUGUUCAGCUACCGAAAGAGGAUACUGAAAAUGGUUUGACCAAAGAUUAUACUAACAGUCUGUUGCAUCGUUUUCGAAAGCCCAAUUCAAAAAAUUUUCAAAAUAUUUACCCUCCAAGUCACGUUCUUCAUUUGAGUAACAUCCCUCCUUCGGUAACUGAAAACGAUAUACGUGUGUUAUUUGCAACUAAAGGAUUUGAAGUUACUGGGUUUCGGUUUAUGAAGGAUAACAAAAUGGCACUCGUGCAGUUGGAAACAGUUGAUUUGGCUAUUCAGUCUCUUAUCGAAUUGCACAACAGCCAGUUGACAGAAAAUUCUCACUUACGGAUCAGCUUUAGUAAAUCGGCUGUUUGA